AAAAAUAUCGUUCGAAGAAUCGCGACAAUUCGUUUAGUCAGUUCGCAAUAAUCAACAUUAUUGUAUACAUACGAGAAUGAAGACUGUCGAUAGCCAAUAACAAUUUCGUAGGAUUUAAGCAUACAGUGAUAGUGUGGGAGAUUUUUUAAAAGGAACAGAAAUGAUCAAGAUGCGUUUAAACUACUCUCAUUUAUCAUUAAUUAUUGUAUUAAUAAGUACCGCAGCAGUAUCAAAGGUUGAACCUCUGAGGUGCGAAAAGCUCCCUUCAGAUUUAGUACCGCUUAGCCAAGCGAAAGCGGAGCAAAGCAAAACCUCGGAAAAUGGAAAGUAUAUCUUGGAAAUCGCUGGGAAACCGGAGAAGUAUGUGCCAAAUGCAAGAUAUUACGUGACGAUCAAAGUGGACUUCUAUAGAUUCGAGUCGAAAUUCAAGAGCUUCAGGCUUAGCCUGGAAUCGAAGGGAAGCCCCGACGGAGAGGACGUGGGCUUUCAAACUGGAAAAUUCGAGCUGGGCUCAAACCCUUUGGCCAAAUUCAGUUACACAUGCCCCAACACCGUGAUGGAGAGCGAUUCUUUACUAAAACCUAAUGUAUCAGUGAUCUGGAUAGCACCUCCUCCAAAGAGCGGGUGUGUCUCUUUAAGGGCCAUCGUAAUAGAAACGAGAGAAAAAUGGUAUGCGGAUGAUGAAAACGCCUUCAAUGGGCCCCUCACUAAAACCUUAUGUGAGGAUGGUGAGGAAAACGAGGAUACCAUGCCGGAAGUGUUGGAUUUCUGUGGGGCAUGCGAUGAAGCCAAAUACGAGAUGGCUUUCCAAGGAAACUGGAUAAGAAACAACCAUCCGAGAGGUUUUCCUGAAGAUCUUUUCACUACGAAAUUCAGUGAUAUUGUAGGUGCUUCCCAUAAGAACGGUCAUUCAUUUUGGGGCGAAGGUGAAGCGCCUAGUAACGGCCUGAAAGAGUUAGCGUUCAAUGGCAGCACUAAGAGUUUGGAAGCAGAACUUAUGGCCGAUAUGGAAAACCUUCAUACGAUUAUAAAAGCCAGGGGACUAAGCUAUCCAAACAUAACGGCAUCCUCUUAUUCAAUAUUUCGGGUUGAUAAUGAGAACCAUUUGGUGUCUAUGGUGACAAAAAUGGUACCUUCGCCCGAUUGGAUAGUUGGUGUUUCGAAUAUGGAACUGUGCCUAUCGAACGGCUCCUGGAAACAAUACAGAAAAAUCAAUUUGUACCCCCAGGACGUUGGAAUUGACGAUUCCUUCGAAUACCUUGGACACGACAUGUCGACCAACGAAGAACCCGUGGUGACAGCAAUAAAAUCCUCAGAUCCCAGAUACCCGUUUUACAUCGAGUCAGAGGAGAACAUGAAACCCAUUGCAGUCCUCUACUUCAGACUGCAGAAGAUUUAUAAGAAAGAAUGUGAUCCAGAGAGAAAACCCCCUGAAGAGGAAGAAAAAGAACCAGCAGGAUCUUCUGAUAGUGACGACCCAUCAUCAGUAAAAGAUUGCGAAGUGACUGAAUGGAGUAAAUGGUCAAGCUGCAGCGUUAAUUGCGGCAAAGGGCACAUAACGAAAUGGCGAGAAUUUAAAAAUGAAACCCCUCAAAAAAUGUGUGACAAUGUCCCGUUAGAAGAAACGACCGAAUGUGAUUCACCGUGUCAAAGUGGAGAGGUAGAAAUGCAUAUCUGUCCGAAUACUGUUUGGGGUCCCUGGAAACCUUGCUCGGCAGAAUGCACUACUGGUCGAAAAGAAGAAAUAGCCAAAGGUUUCCAGAAAAGGUAUAGACUGAAAAAACCGGUGAAUAAUGAAGAUGACGAGGAGGACGAUUCGUGCCAAAACGUGGAAACGGUUGAAUGCUAUAGACAAUGUUAAAAAAAAACAAUUUAUUUUUAAACAACA